AUGGACACAAAGGGGAGCUACCAGCAAUUUUUGGAUAAAUUGCGGAAGUCCGAACUGAUGGAAAGAUUACUAACCUCAAAUUUUCUUUCAUUCUUGCAUAUUCAGUUGCAGCUGUUAAAUCUAGCAAGAGAACUAGAGGUGAUUAUGCAGAAACAGACUGCUGAGCCAGCUGGAAGCUGCAUUUCUAAUGAUGGCGUAUCAUUUCUUGACCAAGUCAUUUAUCCUCUAUAUGAAAUCGUUGCAGCUGAAGCAGGCAACAAUGACAAUGGGCGGGCAGCACAUUCUGCAUGGAGAAACUACGAUGAUUUCAAUGAGUUCUUCUGGUCUGAGAAAUGUUUUCAGCUGGGUUGGCCGUGGAAACUGAGUAACCCAUUCUUCUCAAAGCCUAAUAGGAAAGAGCAGGGCUUGAUAAGUAGGAAUCAUCAUUACGGAAAGACAUCUUUCGUGGAGCACAGAACUUUUCUGCAUCUUUACCAUAGCUUUCACCGCCUCUGGAUGUUCCUACUAUUGAUGUUUCAGGGACUUACUAUCAUUGCUUUUAACAAUGGCAGUUUUGACACAAAUACUGUAUUGGAACUUCUUAGCCUUGGCCCAACUUAUAUCAUAAUGGAAUUUAUUGAGAGUGUAUUGGACAUUCUAAUGAUGUAUGGCGCCUAUUCAACAUCUCGUGGUUCUGCAAUUACUAGAGUGAUCUGGCGAUUCUGUUGGUUUACUGCGUCUUCACUGGUCAUCUGUUACCUAUAUAUCAAGGCACUUCAAGAUGGGGUGCAAUCUGCACCUUUUAAGAUUUAUGUUGUUGUAAUCAGCGCGUAUGCGGGUUUCCAGAUAAUCAUCAGCCUACUCAUGAGUGUUCCCUGCUGCCGUGGUUUUACCAAUGCUUGCUACAGCUGGUCUUUUGUACGCCUUGCCAAGUGGACGCAUCAGGUCUUGUCCCUUUUCACGCGUUCUGACUAUCUAAAAGCUGCCUUUCUAUAUGCCGCUUUCUGGCUUGUUAUUUUUGCUGCGAAAUUUUCAUUCACCUAUUUCCUCCAGAUCAAACCUCUUGUAAAACCAACAAGACUGAUAAUCAGUUUCAGAAGCUUACAGUAUCAAUGGCAUGACUUUGUCUCAAAGAAUAACCAUAAUGCGAUUACAAUCCUUGCUUUAUGGGCUCCAGUGGCCUCAAUUUAUCUUUUGGACAUCCAUGUUUUUUACACUAUCAUGUCUGCUAUUGUUGGAUUCCUCCUUGGUGCACGUGAUCGCCUAGGAGAGAUUAGAUCUGUUGAAGCAGUUCACAGGUUCUUUGAGAAGUUCCCUGAAGUAUUCAUGGAUAAACUUCAUGUUGCUGUUCCAAAAAGGAAACAACUGCUAUCAUCUGGUCAGCAAGCAGAGCUAAACAAGCUUGAUGCAUCUAGAUUCGCUCCUUUCUGGAAUGAAAUUGUGAAGAAUUUGCGGGAAGAGGACUACAUUAGUAACACUGAACUGGAUUUACUCUUGAUGCCCAAGAAUAUAGGCGGUCUUCCAAUUGUGCAGUGGCCACUUUUUUUGCUUGCCAGCAAGGUUUUCUUGGCCAAAGAUAUUGCAGUUGAUUGCACCGACUCACAAGAUGAACUCUGGCUAAGGAUCUCAAAGGACGAAUAUAUGCAAUAUGCUGUCGAGGAGUGCUUUCAUAGCAUCAAGUAUAUCCUGUCAUCUAUUCUAGAUAAAGAAGGCCAUCUCUGGGUGCAAAGGAUUUUUGAUGGUAUUCAUUUCAGCAAAUUGCCUAAUGUCAUUGCCAAGCUUGUUGCUGUAGCGGGAAUACUGAAAGAAACGGAAUCUGCUGAUAUGAAGAAGGGGGCAGUUAAUGCGAUUCAAGAUCUAUAUGAAGUUGUUCAUCACGAAGUGCUUUUUGUUGAUUUGAGUGGUAACAUUGACGAUUGGAGUCAGAUAAAUACCGAAGGCCGCCUCUUCAGUAAUCUCAAGUGGCCAAAUGAACCUGGAUUGAAGGACAUGAUCAAACGAUUGCAUUCACUUCUGACCAUCAAGGAAUCAGCUGCAAACGUUCCUAAAAACCUGGAAGCCAGCCGGAGACUGCAGUUCUUCACGAACUCCCUGUUCAUGCAAAUGCCUCUUGCAAGGCCUGUUUCAGAAAUGCUUUCCUUUAGCGUAUUUACUCCAUAUUACUCUGAGACUGUGCUUUAUAGCAUCGCCGAACUCCAAAAGAAAAAUGAAGAUGGUAUAUCUACACUGUUUUAUCUUCAGAAGAUUUAUCCAGAUGAAUGGAAGAACUUCCUUACUCGCAUCAACAGGGAUGAAAAUGCAGCAGACACUGAACUUUUUAGCAGUGCGAAUGACAUAUUAGAACUUCGGCUAUGGGCAUCUUACCGUGGGCAAACAUUAGCGCGAACAGUUCGUGGGAUGAUGUACUACAGGAAGGCUUUGCAAAGUUAUUUGGAGAGAAUGCAUUCUGAAGACCUCGAAUCUGCAUUUGAUAUGGCUGGUCUGGCUGACACACAUUUUGAGUACUCCCCUGAAGCACGCGCACAGGCUGAUUUAAAAUUUACGUAUGUGGUUACCUGCCAAAUAUAUGGAGUGCAGAAAGGAGAAGGGAAACCAGAAGCUGCAGAUAUAGCCCUUCUGAUGCAAAGAAAUGAAGCUCUCAGAAUUGCUUACAUCGAUGUUUUUGAGAGCGUUAAGAAUGGAAAGCCUAGCACUGAGUAUUACUCAAAGCUUGUUAAAGCUGACAUCCAUGGAAAGGACAAGGAAAUUUAUUCGGUUAAAUUGCCCGGCAAUCCAAAGCUUGGGGAGGGUAAACCCGAAAAUCAAAACCAUGCUGUAAUAUUCACUCGCGGAAAUGCCGUACAAACCAUUGAUAUGAAUCAGGAUAACUAUUUCGAGGAGGCACUCAAAAUGAGAAAUCUGCUUGAGGAAUUCUCUCAAAAUCAUGGCAAGUUCAGGCCUUCAAUUCUUGGUGUUAGAGAACAUGUCUUCACCGGAAGUGUUUCCUCCCUCGCUUCGUUUAUGUCAAAUCAAGAAACUAGUUUUGUGACAUUAGGACAGCGUGUUCUUUCUAAUCCACUGAAAGUGAGAAUGCAUUAUGGUCACCCAGACGUGUUUGAUAGAAUAUUUCAUAUUACGAGGGGUGGCAUAAGUAAGGCGUCCCGUAUCAUCAAUAUCAGCGAGGAUAUAUUUGCAGGGUUUAACUCUACUCUGCGUCAAGGGAACAUAACUCACCAUGAGUAUAUCCAGGUUGGUAAAGGAAGAGAUGUUGGGCUUAAUCAGAUCGCACUAUUUGAAGGAAAAGUUGCGGGAGGAAACGGCGAACAAGUUCUUAGCAGCAAUAUAUACAGACUUGGGCAGCUUUUUGAUUUUUUCAGGAUGUUAUCCUUCUAUGUGACUACUGUUGGGUUUUACUUCUGUACUAUGCUAACUGUACUGACAGUGUACAUAUUUCUCUAUGGUAAAACUUAUCUGGCUUUAUCUGGUGUUGGAGAAUCAAUUCAAAAUAGGGCGGAUAUACAGGGAAAUGAAGCAUUGAGCGUGGCUCUGAACACCCAGUUUCUUUUCCAGAUUGGUGUGUUCACUGCAAUUCCUAUGAUUCUAGGUUUCAUCCUGGAAGGUGUCCUGACGGCUUUUGUUAGCUUCAUUACUAUGCAGUUCCAACUAUGUUCUGUAUUUUUCACGUUCUCUCUUGGAACAAGGACUCACUAUUUUGGUCGCACAAUACUGCAUGGAGGUGCAAAGUAUAGAGCAACUGGUAGGGGUUUUGUGGUACGGCAUAUUAAGUUUGCUGAGAAUUACCGUCUUUAUUCCCGAAGCCAUUUUGUGAAAGGGCUGGAGGUUGCACUUCUGUUGGUUAUCUUUCUAGCUUAUGGUUUUAACAACAGUCACUACGCUCAUUCAGGUUCAAAUGGCUCUCGCGUGCGCUGGCUCUGGCGACGCCCUGCUCGCCUCGGCGGCGCCGCGCCGCCGCCGCUGCCGCCCUCGCCCCUGGCCUCGCCCGCGGCCGGCCCGCCGGCACCCCCCUCGCCCGUUUCCCCGCCGUCGCCUCCGGCUGUCCCUCCGCGCGAGUCUUGGGCUGACCUCGCCGAGGCGGCCGAUGUUGCUGCGGGCCGCCCCAUCGCCUACCGCAACCGCAUCCCGCCCCGUGCCCCGGUCCGGCCACCUCCAUCCGUCCCAGCCGGCGGCCCGACUCCCAGGGGUGGGAGUUCGGCCUCCCGCGGGACCGGUCGGCGCCACCGGCGGCCAUCGGGCGCGGUGCCGUCUCCUGGGUCGAAAAAAGGGGACGCCUUGGGGUCUCGGGCCUCUCCCCGGCGGCGUCGUGCUGGCGACUGGGGCGUCGCCGGCCGCGCUGACCGUGGUGCAGCGCUCGCCUCCUGGCGGUACCCCGCGCUGGCGGCGUCCGCCUCUGCUCCGGCCGGCCCGUCGCCGGCGGCGGCGCUCGCGCUCUCGGGCAUCCUUGUCCGGCGAGCUCCCUUCCGUCCGUUCAUCUCCGCCUUCGGUGCCGCUCCCUCCCAAUCUCCGGCCGGCCGGUGUGCCGUGCCCUGGCCGCGCCGUCCCCUUCCUGCCCCGGCGGCGACCUCCGCGGCGGCGCCUAGGGAAACCCUCGUGCCCCGGUUGGUUGCCCCGGGCAGGUCGUUUCGGGCCGCUCUGCUUAUGGGCCUCCCUGGGGCCCAUCCUGUUGGACCUACCCUCGGGCUGUCGGCCGAUGGGCCCCCAGGCGGGAGGUGGGCCGCUGACCGACGCGUGGGCCGGCCGCCCAGCCCCGCCGCGCGUGGUGUGGCCCAGCUGCGCCCCCUGGCGCGGUCUGGCCCGUCCCGGUGCUUGAUUUGGCCCCCUGUAGGGUUUCCCCGAGCCUCCCGUGCCCCGACCCUCGCUUCCCAUCCUGCUGCCUCGCAGGCCGCCUCCCUCGUCCCCUCCGGCCGCCGCGCCCCCUCGCCCCCGCCUCCGCCGCCGGCCAUGACCCGGGAGUGGGGCGACGCCGAAUCCCGCCCGAAGCGGCGCGCGGAUGACCGCCGCGACCCUCCGCGCUCCUCCCCCGACGGCCUCCGGCGGGAGGCUGACCUCCGGAGCCAGCUCACCUCCCGCCCGGCUCGCCGAUCCCCUGCCCGCGACUCCCGUGACCCCCGCCGCUCCCCUCCCCGCCAAUCCCGCCGCUCCCCGACGCGGGAUGACCGCCGCUCCCACUCGCCUGCCCGCCGGGAUCCGCCUCGGGAGGACUCUCGGGACCGGGGCCACUUCCAGGUGGCUUGCCCCAACCCACCGACCUGCUACCUCUGCAAGGAGGCCGGGCACCCCGCGGUUCUCUGUCCGGAGCGCCCGGUCACGGAGGAGAUCAUGAUGUACGGCCACGGCAUCGAGGACAUGGGCUUCUUCCAUAUUGAGGUGCCGGAGCUCCCGCCUCCCUCCCCCUCGCUCCUGGCCCUUGUGACGGUCGUGGGGGAGGGCGUCGCCACUCCGGAGCUGAUCGAGACCGAGCUCAACCACCUCUGUCGGUGCAAGCGGGAUUGGCAGGUGACCUCCACCGCGCCCAACGCCUUCUCGGUGAUCUUCCCCGACGCCAUGAGCAUGGGCUUCUGCACCCGCAGCGACAACAUCACCUUGGCCCUCAACGGGAUUGUGGUGAAUAUCUCCGAGCCGAGGUGGGAUCCCAAGGCCGUGGCAGUCCUGGACACGGCCUGGCUCCUCAUCGCCGGCCUCCCAGACGUGGCCCGGUCAGAGCGGGUCAUUCGCAGUAUGUCCAAGAUCCUGGGCAAGGUGGUGGUGGUCGACGAGCUCUCUCUACGCAAGGAGGAGGAGGUCCGGGUCAAGGUGAAAUGCCUGGACGCCUCCAAGCUCCAUACCAUGCUUCGGGUCUUCUUCAACGACGACGGUCACGACCUCACCAUCUGCCCCGAGCCGCCGAACCACAUCGGCCGCCCCCGCCUCUCCGCUGACAGCCUCCAGGGGGGCGGGCCCGCGGAUGCCGAUGGGUCCCACCACCGGCGCCCCCGCCACUCCCGCUUCGACGACAACAAGGAGGACGACAACAUCUCUGAGCGCUCCCGCUCCCCGUCUCGUGAGCCCGCCAACCCCCCCUCGGGCCGCGGCGGCUCCGGGCAAGGCCGCACCCGAGUGUCCGCCACGGACCUCGCGAUGGCCCUCCAGCUGGCCGCACCCCCAGUGGCGCCCUCUCCCCUGCCUCGGAGUCGUGGGACCACGGGGCACUCGGGAGGCAUCCUUUUAGGUGUGAAGGAUGCCACCUUUGAGGUUGGCGGGAUGGACCGGGGCGAGUUCUUCGUUAGCAUGGAGCUCUUCGAGAGGGCGCUCAACUUCAAAUGGGAGGUUGUCAUUGUCUAUGGGCCGGCGGACCACCGCCGCUCCCCGACCUUCCUUGAUGAGCUCCAACGGAAGGUCUCCGCCUCCACCUUCCCGGUGGUUGUUGGAGGGGACUUCAACCUCAUCCGCUCUCCCGAUGAUAAUAAGAAUAAUGACCGAAUCAACCUCCCCAGGAUGCAGAUGUUCAACGACUGCAUCGCGGAUCUCGGCCUCCGCGAGCUUGAGCGGACGGGUGCCAGGUUUACCUGGACUAACCGCCAAGCCGACCCGACGCGGUCCGUCUUGGACCGCGUCCUAGUCUCCCCGGAAUGGGAACUUAGAUGCCCCUUGGCCUCGCUUCGUGCGAUUACCCGGAUUGGGUCGGACCACGUCCCUCUCCUUCUCUCCACCGCCGAUGAACGCCCUCCCACCCCGCCUCGCUUCAGGUUCGAGCUCUUCUGGCUCAACCAAGCGGGCUUCAGGGAGGCGGUCGCGGCCAAGUGGACCUCUGCGCGCUCCUCUCCCCACCGAUCCAUGUCGGCGGUGGACUCCUGGCAGUUCUGUGCCAAGCUCGGCCGCCAAUUCAUGAAAGGGUGGGGAGCUAACCUUGGCAGGGACCUCCGCGAACGAAAAAAGUCCUCCUUGAAGCCAUCCAGGCCUUGGAUUACCGCGCGGACACCUCCGGGAUCUCCCGGAUGA